GGGCGAUGACAUCUCGCUGCUGAAUGACUCGGCGAGUUACGCCGGAGCGGGAGCCGCUGCGGAGGGAGCCCAGGAUUCGGAGCCGGCCCCGGGUUUGCUGCUCAUGCUGCCACCGCCACCUUCACCACUCUACCAGCUAGGAUUUCUACAAUAAUCAGCCCGUCAGCAGGCUUAUAGAAGACCAGAGAGUCGAGGCAGUAAAGCCAGUGGAGACCAGAGAGUGCGCCACACACAAAAAAGAAAAGAGAGAGAGAAAAGGCCACGGGCUUAGUGAGAGAGGGAAACAGCACAACAUGGCUGAGAGUAAGAAAGAGAGGAUCAGAAUUCGGGAAGAACAGAAAGGGAAAAGGGCUCACAGAGAACAGAGCACAGUAGAACAUUCCAGAUCCCGACUGCUCUCCGCUCUACUGAAGACCUUCACUACUAGUAACAACCUGGAACAAGUGCAAAUUCCAGUUUAUCACCCAACACCCAGUCAGACCCGCCUGGCAACUCAGCUGACAGAGGAAGAACAGAUCCGAAUAGCGCAGAGACUUGGUCUGAUCCAGCACCUACCCAAAGGCAGCUUUGACUUUGGCAAGGACAGCCAAAACAAGAAAAUAAAGGAGUGUGUGAUCUGUAUGAUGGACUUUGUGUAUGGCGAUCCUAUCCGGUUUCUGCCAUGCAUGCACAUAUACCACAUGGAAUGCAUCGAUGAGUGGCUCAUGAGAUCCUUCACAUGCCCUUCAUGUAUGGAACCCGUAGACGCGGCUUUGCUCUCAUCCUACGAGACCAACUGACUUAACUCGGCCUCUCCAAGCCUCACUGCACUUUGAAUGUCUUGCUGCCAAAGGGAAAAAGAAAUUG